AUGGACUUUCAGUAUAGAAUUGUUAUAGAGCUCGCAAAUCAAGAACAAGUGGACUCAUCAUACAAACUAUUCCUAUCUACCCCGGAUCAAGAGAAACUUCCCGACUGUGCUACAAUAAUUGAUAACGAGCCUCCAAGAGAUUGGCGGAUAAGUGACUGGUAUAUAGAUUUUGAAAUGGAACUGGAAAAGCAACAGGAUAAGGAUCUUGUCAUGUCCAGUUAUCUGGGUCAUGGGAUUAUUAAACUAUUCAAAUUAUCUGGCGAGACACAACCCGAAGACAAUGCCGAUGAGAUGCUAACUAUUCCAGGUGAUGAAACCAUGGUUAGUAUUCUUUUUGUUCCCACCUAUUUCACCGUUCAUGAUCUUUUGCAUUUUUACAUUGGUGAUGAUAUAAUCAAUAAUCAAAUCUCUCAUUUUCGAAUAUUACGAAAUAAACAAGGUGGUGUGGGGUAUAAUUUUAUGGUCUUGAUGAAGUUUAGGGAUCCCAUCCAUGCCAAGAAAUUCAAAGACGAAUUCAAUGGGAAGACUUUCAGCAAGAUGGAUCCAGAAACAUGUCAUGUAGUCUCCAUAAAGGAAGUUGUUUUUCGCACUACACUUUUCCAAGGAAAUCAGUCUCAGGAUAUACCAUAUCUACUGACAGACCCAUUUACCAUUGAACAAAAUGAGCAAAACAAGAUGAAAGUUAAAAAAAAUCCGGUGGAAUUACCCACAUGUCCUGUUUGUUUGGAACAAUUAGAUUGCGAAACUACAGGGUUAAUAACGAUCCCUUGUCAACAUACUUUCCAUUGCCAAUGUCUUGAUAAAUGGAAAAAUUCCAGAUGUCCCGUUUGUAGAUACUCCAAUUUGAGACUUACCAGAGAAUCGUUAUUGAAACAAGCUGGUGGAUCCAAUGCUAAAUGUGCCACUUGUGAAUCUCAUGAAAAUUUAUGGAUAUGUUUAAUUUGUGGUAAUAUUGGAUGUGGUAGGUACAACUCUAAGCAUGCUAUUAAACAUUAUGAAGAUACAUCUCAUUGUUUCGCGAUGGAUAUGCGUACACAAAGAGUUUGGGAUUAUGCUGGUGAUAAUUACGUACACAGAUUGGUUCAAAAUGAAGUGGACGGGAAACUAGUCGAGAUUGGUGAAAACACAGGGAAUGACACUGCAGUAGUGGAAGCAACUACAGCCACUGGAUCAUCGUCCACUUCACAUGGUAAAGAUACUAAAGAUUAUAAUCUUUCAGCUAAUUUUUUGAGGAAUAAAGAAUAUAACUUGGAGUAUGUUCAAGUAUUGAUCUCACAAUUAGAAUCCCAACGUGAAUAUUUUGAACUGAAGUUAAAAGAUGCCCAAUCAAACACGGCAUUACAAAAGGAGACAGAUACAUUGAAAGAGGCUAUGGAAAAAAUGAGAUUAGAUACAAACCAAUUUCAGACAGACAUGAAAAGACAAUUGGAGGCCUCACAAAAGCAAUUGGAGAUUGAUAGGCUAAUGAUACAAGGGUUACAACAAAAUCUCGAUCGCCUAACGAAGGACAAGGAAAAAUUAAUAGAAGAUAAAAACCAACUGCGGUUGGAUAAGACAGACUUAGAGGAGCAAGUAAAGGACUUGAUGUUUUACUUAGAAUCACAAGAGAAAUUCAAAGACGCUUCCGAUGAGGUCAAAGAGGGUACCAUUGUCAUCCAGCAACCUAAAAACAGCUCCAAGAAGAAGAAGAAGCCGAAGCCGAAGCCGAAGAAACAUUGA